AUGUCAGAGGUUUUAUCAGUCGAUGAUGAGGACGAUCAGCAAUUUCCUUCUCCAGUUGCAUGGAAUGAAAAACCAGAUAUCAAGCAGAUUACUCUGCGAGCUACUUUCAUUGGUCUCCUGAUCGGAUCUCUGGUGUUGAUAUCAAAUUUUCAAUUUGGACUGCAGACAGGAUGGGUUUCGAUGAUGUCGAUGCCGUCAGCAUUGCUGGCGUGUGCUUUCUUCAAGAAGAUAUGGCCGAUAAUGUAUCCCAAUGAUCUCCCAUUCACCGAUGUCGAGACAGUUUAUGUUCAGAGCAUUGCUGUUGCUGUCGGAACAGGUCCUCUGGCUUAUGGCUUUGUCGGGGUCAUUCCGGCCAUCGAGAAGUUCGUUACCAAGGAUGAAAGCGGUGGAACUAGAGAGCAAGGCGAGUUAUUCAGUUUGUACCAAUUGUUAGCGUGGUCCUGCGCAUUGGCCUUCUUUGGAGUUUUCUUUGCUGUGCCACUGAGGAAGCAAGUAAUCGUCAGAGAAAAACUGCCUUUUCCUAGUGGAAGCGCCACAGCGGUCCUCAUUGCGGUCCUGAGCGACUCAGAGAUCUUGCAAGAAGUCUCCCGUCGCGAGUUGCUUGCGAUGAGGACCCGGAGACUGGAUGAGUGCUCUGAGCUCCUGCUAGCAGAUGAAUCCUCGCUGCCUGUGGCGAGGAAUUCAGGCGGUUAUGGGCUUCUUGAGGGAGAGAACCAGACCAGAGGAGAAUCGAACACAUACAACAAAAAUAUAAGCAUUCUCUCGAAGACCUUCAUUGCUUCAUCCAUCUAUACUGUUGGAUCGUAUUUUCUGCCCAUAGUACGGUCCAUUCCUCUCUUCGGAACAUACCUUUCCAAGACUUAUCUGUGGAACAUCCAGCCCUCACCUGCGUAUAUUGGGCAGGGGAUAAUUAUGGGUCUUCCAACUGUUUCCUACAUGCUUUUUGGCUGUGUGCUGGGAUGGGCUAUACUGGCACCCAUGGCGCGCUACGCAGGUUGGGUACAUCCGGAUGCGAGCGUUGAUGACUGGGAAAAGGGCGUUCAUGGUUGGAUUCUGUGGUGCUCCUUAUCGAUCAUGGUGGUAGAUAGCGUGGUGGGAUUCAUUGUCGUGACAGUUAAAUCCAUAGUCAAGUUUUGGUUAGUGGACGAUAAGGCUGCGUUACUGGCCGAUGUGUGGGAGGACUCAUUUCAGUCAAUGCUUUUAGAGGAGGAGAGAAUGAUUAAUAGCCGGAGAAACACCGAGACUAGCAAGCCCCGCAACACCGUCAAGCUUGUUUAUGCUGAUCAGGACCAUGAGGUGGCUUCGAAACACCUGGUUAAAUACACAACCGUAAUCAGUGGUCUUAUUUUCUCAUCAAUCCUGUGCAUUGUACUCGUGAUUUAUCUAUUCGGCGUUGAAGUCAUACCCGUUUAUGCCAUGGUCUCAGCGCUCUUCAUAGCGCUGUUUCUAUCAAUUCUGGGAAUCAGAGCACUGGGCGAAACUGACUUGAAUCCUGUCAGCGGAAUUGGCAAAUUGUCCCAACUCUUUUUUGCCGUGAUAACCCCUCGAAAUCAGGCAGGUUCUGUGUUACUGAACCUUGUUGCCGGUGGAGUUGCUGAGGCCGGGGCCCAGCAGGCGGGAGAUCUAAUGCAAGACCUAAAGACAGGUCACUUACUAGGAGCAUCUCCGAAAGCUCAAUUUGUCGCCCAGUUGUUAGGCGCCAGCUGGUCUGUCGUGAUGUCGAGUAUAAUGUACAUCUGCUAUAACAAGGUUUAUCACAUCCCCGAUAAACAGUUCAGAAUUCCAACCGCCAUUGUAUGGGUGGACUGCGCUAGGCUUGUAACGGGCAGAGGUCUCCCAGACAGAGCCUUGGAGUGCUCGAUUGCUCUAGGCUUCGUCUUCGGCAUAUUCUCGCUGAUCAAGAACUGUUAUCGUGAUUCGGGCCACAAAUGGUUGCUCUACAUUCCCUCUGGUGUCGCUGUCGGUGUCGGCAUAUACAACACGCCCAGCUUCACAAUUGCACGCUUUGUUGGAGGACUGCUGUCAUCCGUAUGGCUACAUAAGCACAGGGGAGACGUGGGAGCGAAAACGAAGAUGACCGUCUUCAGCUCAGGAUUAAUCCUAGGGGAAGGCGUGUGCAGCAUAUUCGACAUGCUUUUCACGAAUAUGAACGUUCCUCACUUCUAA